AUGUUGCUCACACUCUCUAAUCCAGUCAAGCCCGACUUCGACUUCAAACCUCAUGCAUACUCUGCAGCCUUUUCAUCUUCUACAGCUACUCGAUACUCUGACAAGCCCCACGGCGGGUCGCCUCUCUCACAGUCUGCCAAUUCUUCUCACACGAUGAGCACGCCUCACAGGGGAUUGCCUCCUCCCUCGGCAAUGACCCUACCAGAUCCGGCGCGAGGACCUCCACCAAUAUCUUCCUCACUGGGCCAAUUACCUCCGGCUCCUUCUCAGUGGCAAGGUGCCGAAGAUGGAAUGAAGAACUGGUUGGCGACCAAAGCUGAAGAGGAGAGACGCAAGCAAGAGGAGGAGAAGACGAGGCAGGAAACUUUGCGGCUUGAGCAGCGAAAGGUUGAGCAGUCAAUGCUUAGAGAAUCUAUGCAAGGCGGAGUACCGCCUCAUCUGGUACCUAUAAUAUUCGCCGGCAUUGGUGGAGGCAGCCUUGCAAACAUCAGUGCCGAAUGGAUACAACAAUACACUUCACAGGUUCAAGCUGCCCACCAACAAGCACAGGCUCAGGCGCAACCACAACUUUCUCCUGAUCUCCGACGAGACCCAAGGAUGAUCGGACAACCACAGUCGACAACGUAUGCUGGCCAAGUACAAGCAGCACAAGCGAUAGUUCCCCCAACGGCAGUUCUACCUGGCCAACCACUGCCUACGCAAAAUCAACAAGCACCAAUCUCGAAUCCAGUAUAUAGUGGAGGACAGCUCUCACCACGCGCAAGAGCUGCACAAGCCAGUCUCGGUGGCCCCCCUACAUCAGCACCACGAUCCUUACCACAGUCACAACUACCACGGUUGACGACUAACGAAAUGACUAUACAACAGCCUCCUGCAACGCCAGCUGGAGUGCAACAACUACAACAAACACAGACACAACAACAGGACCAAUCAUCACCCUCAAUAUACUUCCACCACUGGGUUCCCCCAUCCUCGUCUUCACAAGAGAAGAAUUCGAGUGGGAACCCGCCAGCUACGCCUUCAGGUAAAUACAAAACUUCGCCUGUUCACCAGUCACGGCAACGUGCAGCGUCGCAUGCGUCUGACGUAGAGUACACCAGCUCCCCAAAAAAGCGCAAGGCUCAAGGCCCACACCAACCAGCACCACAUCCUACAUCGGCGCCAGGGUCUAACGCAUCACCUUCUUUCUCGCACAAAUCGUCGUCUUCGACAUCGACACCAGGUCGGCGAGGACACGCUCGAAACCGAUCUGAUGCAUCCACGCGGGCGCCGGACGGCCCCAGCGGUUCACUGAGUCGUAGAAGCACCAUUUCCGGUCUUGCACACGAGACGAUCGUGCGGCAAGGCGACAUGGCAGAAGAAGCAAGAGACACAGAUGGCAAAGCACACCCCAACGCAGACCAGGUGUACACAGCCCCGUCUCAAAGAAAUGAGCAAUCAGGACACAGUCAGCCAAGCUACGCGCCAGUAUCUACGGCUGUUCAACCUGAAACCCAAAAAUAUGGGACACAGCAACAACAACAACAUUGGGAACGCGGAUAUAUGCAAUCACCCAAACGGGAGGCUGGGGACCAUUAGAUUAGGAAAUGGUUUCAGCAGCAUUGCCAUUUGAAUCCGGAUUGGUUACUAUGAGGAAUCUUUAUCGGCCCUUCGAGAAGCACAUCACCCUGGUCGCAAAGCGUUCAUGGGGAAUACGAGAGCGAGGGAAAGAACAGGAAUCUGCGUCGCAUUAAUGAUAAUCACACCAGAUCCACUGCAGGGAUGUUUGGCGCAAGGCUUUUUUUCCUUUCUCAGUCUCUUGCCAAGUUGGUAUCAUUUGCUAGCGAAAUGAGGUCGACUCCACAGACUCUAAG